AUGGCCGAUAUUGAUGCGACACAAACGCCCACUGUGGAAGGUGUGGACUCCACCAUUGAUGAUGGUGAUGAAUUUGAAUCGAAGGAAAUUCUGCUCAUGAAGCAACGGGUAGAGGAAAUGGAACGCGAGGCAAAAAAACUGAGGGAGUUGCAGGCAGCUGCAGAGUCAGUCAACGGCGGAUCUGCUACUGAGGCGGACCAGGGUAUUCCAAUGGAGACUGAGGAGGAUAAGUCCAUCGCUGACGGCCGGAGUGUAUUUGUUGGCAAUGUGGACUACGGGGCAACCCCAGAAGAGAUCCAAUCGCACUUCCAGGCUUGCGGGACUAUCAAUCGUGUAACUAUUCUCUGUGACAAAUUUACCGGACACCCUAAAGGGUUCGCUUAUGUCGAAUUCGCCGAGCUUGAAUUCAUAGAUGCAGCAUUAGCUAUGGACAAUUCCCUAUUCCGCGGACGAUUAAUAAAAGUAACUUCAAAGCGGACUAAUGUUCCUGGCUUCAACCGGGGGAGAGGGCGGGGAGGAGGAGGUUACCGCGGUGGAUAUCGAGGUGGACACCGUGGCGGGUACGGGUACAGCCCCUAUAGAGCACGCGGCAGAGCAUUCACCAGACAGUUGUCGACUCAUACGGCAGCAUAUCCUUUCUCGAAGGCUGCUAUCCUUCCGCCGCUGCCAGCAGUACCUGCUUCUCAAUUGGAAGCUUUGCGCAAAGGCAAAGGCAUAAUGGCUUACUUGCAAAAAAGUCUCCCGCACCCUACGAAGCAACAAUGGUUGGCUACCUGGUUUGCCAGAAGACACCCCGACCGACUUCUUCCUGGGUCGGUAUUAUCCGUCACCCUCGAGUAUGCACCUACUACGUUCUCCGGUGUUCUGCUGUCCAUACGACGGCGGGGCCCUGACACAUCCUUCACCCUGCGGAAUGUCAUACAACGGACGGGCGUGGAGAUGCAGUUUUUUGUGAACUCGCCGCAUGUGAAAGAUAUCAAAAUUUUGCAGAGAGCAGGAGGUGGAGGUGGCAAGGAGGGAAGACGACAGCGAAGAGCCAAAUUAUUCUUCCUCAGAGACACACCAGAUAAGAUGACUGCCAUCUCGGCGGGUGUGAAGGCCUGA